AUGGACACCCACUUCAUGGAUUUGGAUAGCCUUUCUUUCAACAUAGCAACGUUGAUUGCUGGGGUCUUCGUCCUUGACUAUGGGGCAGACAAGUUCCUUGACCACACUGUUAUCGUGGGACGGCGGCUAGGCAUUUCGCCGACUUUGAUUGCUCUCUUGACAGCUGGAGCUGAGUACGAAGAGCUAGCUGUAGUUAUUGCAGCAAUCCUACAACACCGCAGCCCACUAGCCCUGGGCAAUGUUAUGGGAUCUGCGAUUUCUAAUAUCCUCGGUGCGUUUUCGCUGGGUCUCCUAUGCCAUCCUGGCGGAAUGGAAUUCGAUGGUAGCGCAAAGAUAUAUUCGGCGCUCCUGCUUUCCGUUACCACUCUGUUCGUGGCCUUGGCUUUUUUUAACCAACUAAGCCAAGUCACUGGUGGGUUUCUCAUCGCCAUUUUCGCCCUCUACGUUAUCUCUAUUGGUUAUGCCAUUUAUAAGGGUGUUACCGAACCGCCCCAGAUGUCGGACAGUGAUAGCGACGACCAAGUUCCCACUUCUGGUGAGGAACGACCAAUAGGUCGGGGCGGCUGGACGUCAGCUUCAGAGUGCUCACCUCUCCUGGGGGGUGCGAACCCGCAACAGGAGGGUGAGGACGAAAAACUUCCACAGCCACUUUAUCGACAUGUCUUCCAACUCUUCUUUGGUCUGCUUGCUCUCUCUUUAUCUGGAUAUAUUAUCGCCCAUAGUGCAGGUGCUAUAGCGGAUUCCCUUCAGCUGUCAGGGACCGUCUUUGGCCUUACAGUGAUUGCCUUUGCUACAACCCUCCCAGAGAAAUUAAUUUCUGUGCUUAGCGGCUCUCGUGGGCAAGGAGGCAUUGUUGUUGCGACCACAGCAGGGAGCAACAUAUUCCUGCUGACGCUCUGCGUUGGUGUUGUUGCCGUUGCGGGAGUUCACGUCGACGAGGCGGAUACAUUCGCCCUUUUUGACCUGGUGAUCGUCUGGAUGUCCGCGUUAUGUUUUGGAGCGGUCGUCUUUCUUGGACCAAGUUGGAUUGCUGGUCUGGUGCUUCUGGCUGCGUAUAUCGUGUUUUUGGUCCUUGAGUUCACAGUCGUACACUAA